GUUUUCUUUAAAUUAUUGAACUAAACAUUUAUCAGCAAGUAAGAAGUUAUAAUAUGAGUUUCCUAAAGCCAAAAGAAGUAAUUGAAGAGGGUGAUACAGUUAUACUUUAUCUCACUGUAAAUUCGAUGCAUGCCAUUGAAGCAACACCAACAAUAGUCAACAAAAAGGGCGAAACCAUUGAAUAUAUAUUUCAAACCUCAUACGGCGCGUUAAAGGUGCGCAAUCUAAUUGGUGUCACUUAUGGUUCGCGGGUGGAACUCUCGAAAGGGUGGGCCUAUGUACUGCAGCCAAAUCCUGAAUUGUGGACCCAAACGCUGCCGCAUCGCACACAAAUCAUUUACACACCCGAUAUUAGUAUGAUACUCUUCCAACUCGAAGUUCGCCCUGGUUCAGUGAUAGUUGAAUCUGGUACUGGCUCAGGUUCACUGUCACAUUAUUUUUUACGUGCUAUUAAACCUUAUGGUCAUUUGCACACAUUUGACUUCCACGAAGCGCGAGUGCAACAAGCGCGUGAAGAAUUCGAACGACAUGGUUUAGGUGAUUUUGUAACCGUUUAUCAUCGCGAUGUGUGUCAACUGGGUUUUAGCAAUGAGUUGGAAGGCAAAGCGGAUGCAGUAUUUUUGGACUUGCCGGCACCUCAGCUAGCGGUACCAUUUGCUGCUAAAACACUUAAAACGGAAGGUGGACGUUUCUGUUCAUUUUCACCUUGUAUUGAACAGUCCCAACGUUGUUGCAUCGCUUUACAAGAACAUGGAUUCACAGAGAUUCGUUCAAUGGAAAUACUACAGCAGGAGCAUGUUGUUAAAACUAGAACAUUGCCCGUGCUAGAUUUAGAGUUCCUGAAGCACAAGAAACCCUCUUCUCAAAAAUUGGAUGAAUCGAGUACUAAUGAAAUCAAUGAAAAGACAGAUAAUUUAAAAACUCCGAAAGAAACCAAGAAAGUGCUCACAUCGUGUGCGCCACCUACCCUACCAGGCCACACAGGAUAUUUGACAUUUGCAACUCUUCCCCCAGCCUUCGUACGAUAGCAAAAGUUCUUCUACAAUUCAAUAUUAAAAAUAUGUUGUAGUACCAUAAAAUAAGUUUACAAUGUAUAAAUUGUCAGUUGUAUAAAUAUUUUUACAAACCCCCAAAAAACUAAUCAAGAUUGGCAUGUAAGUUUUAAUUUAAUUUGAUUCAGGUGAUUUAGCACAAUCAGAAUUUGAUGACACAUGUUAAAUGCAUAAUGAAAGGAUUUUAAAGAUUUACAGGACCGUACAUCAUAGUAUAAUUUACCUUUUACUACGAUGAUAUUCAUUUGCGACUUGGGCGUUUCAAAGGUGGUGUUAUAUCAGGAAGGCAUGAUUUUUGACAGUUAAUUCUCAGGAUUCAAAUACAUCGAAUAAUCUGCUUGAGUUUGUUAACUGCCCAUUUAUAUAUGUAUAUAUUUAUAUUGAAAUUUCAGUUUAACUAGCGGAAU